GCUCAGAGGGAGGGUCACAGUAGGGCCAGGCACUUUUCUUGGGAGUUUCUACGUGUUUUAUGCACGUGGUUAAGAAAAAAGAGGGAGAAUUCAGGUGCCACAGCGGCCAUUCUCCAGUGACCGGAGCGUGUUACUCAGAAACGGAUCCGUCAGAGGCCAAUGGGAGCUGCCGGCCGUCAGGGCGCGCCUGGUGGCGCCGAGCAUCCUGGGAGGUGUGGUCCGGGCGCGGUGCCGAGGAUUCGGGGUAGUGUAGUCCUGGCGCCCCGCUGGAGAAGCUCCCCAGCUGGUGGCUGGAGCGACCCCUUGUUCUUUGGUGGCGCUGAUCUACCUUCUGAGAUAUCAUCCUUCUUUAGGGAGACAAGGAAAAAAGGCCACAGGGUCCCGGAGAGCCAGGGGAAUGUUUGUCCUCCAUUUGGAAAUAGUGCUAAGAAAAUUAAAAGAAUAAAACUGGGCAGGGGCAUGAGAAUAGGGUGCAAAGAUGAAUUUUUGGACUGUGGCCAAGAAGCUCCAUGGUGAGCACUCACAGUCUGUGUCUGGAAGUUUAAUGAACUGUUCUCUACAUUUCACAGGCACACAUGGCAUUCAGGGAUGUGGCUGUGGAUUUCACCCAGGAUGAGUGGAGGCUGCUGAGCCCUGCUCAAAGGACUCUGUACAGAGAGGUGAUGCUGGAGAACUACAGCAACCUGGUCUCACUGGGAAUUUCAUUUUCUAAACCAGAACUCAUCACCCAGCUGGAGCAAGGGAAAGAGACCUGGAGAGAGGAGAAAAACUGUUCACCGGCUACCUGUCCAGAUCCAGAGCCAGAACUCUACCUCGAUCCUUUCUGCCCUCCUGGUUUCUCCAGUCAGAAAUUCCCCAUGCAGCAUGUGCUGUGUAAUCAUCCCCCCUGGAUCUUCACAUGCUUGUGUGCAGAAGGUGACGUCCAGCCUGGGGAUCCGGGCCCAGGGCACGAGCAGAAGCAGCCACAAGCCUCUGAGGGGAGACCCUGGAGUGAUGAAGCAGAAGGUCCCGGGGGAGAAGGCGCCAGGCCUUUGUUUGGAAGAACAAAGAAAAGGACUCUGGGAGCGUUCUCCAGGCCACCCCAGAGGCAGCCAGUCACCUCUCGGAACAGCCUCAGAGGGGUGGAGUUAGAAGCCAGCCCAGCGCCGACGGGGAACCCUGAGGAAACAGACAAAUUGCUGAAGAGGAUAGAAGUCUUAGGAUUUGGAACAGUCAACUGUGGAGAGUGUGGACUGAGCUUCAGCAAGAUGACAAACCUGCUCAGUCACCAGCGGAUACACUCAGGGGAGAAGCCCUACGUGUGCGGGGUAUGUGAGAAGGGCUUCAGCCUAAAGAAGAGCCUCGCCAGACACCAGAAGGCACACUCGGGGGAGAAGCCGAUUGUGUGCAGCGAGUGUGGACGAGGCUUUAACAGGAAGUCAACGCUAAUCAUACACGAGCGGACACACUCCGGCGAGAAACCUUACAUGUGCAGUGAGUGUGGGCGAGGCUUCAGCCAGAAGUCAAACCUUAUCAUACACCAGAGGACACACUCCGGGGAAAAGCCUUACGUGUGCCGGGAGUGCGGCAAAGGUUUCAGCCAGAAGUCGGCUGUCGUGAGACACCAGAGGACACACCUGGAGGAGAAGACCAUCGUGUGCAGUGACUGCGGUCUGGGCUUCAGCGACAGGUCAAACCUCAUCUCCCACCAGAGGACGCACUCUGGGGAGAAGCCCUACGCCUGCAAGGAGUGUGGGCGAUGCUUCAGGCAGAGGACCACCCUUGUCAAUCACCAGAGGACACACUCAAAGGAGAAGCCCUACGUGUGCGGGGUGUGUGGGCACAGCUUCAGCCAGAAUUCAACCCUCAUCUCUCACAGGCGGACGCACACCGGGGAGAAGCCGUAUGUGUGUGGGGUGUGCGGGCGAGGCUUUAGUCUCAAGUCACACCUCAACAGACACCAGAACAUACACUCAGGGGAGAAGCCCAUUGUGUGCAAGGACUGUGGCCGGGGCUUCAGCCAGCAAUCCAACCUCAUCAGACACCAGAGGACGCACUCAGGGGAGAAGCCCAUGGUGUGUGGGGAGUGUGGGCGAGGCUUCAGCCAGAAGUCAAACCUUGUUGCACACCAGAGGACGCACUCAGGGGAGAGGCCGUAUGUGUGCCGGGAGUGCGGGCGAGGCUUUAGCCACCAGGCGGGUCUCAUCAGGCACAAGCGGAAGCACUCGAGGGAGAAGCCCUACAUGUGCAGGCAGUGUGGACUGGGCUUUGGCAAUAAGUCAGCUCUCAUCACACACAAGCGGGCUCACUUGGAAGAGAAGCCUUGUGUGUGCAGAGAGUGUGGCCAAGGCUUUCUCCAAAAGUCACACCUCACCUUACACCAAAUGGCACAUAAGGGAGAGAAGCCGUAUGUGUGCAAGACGUGUGGGCAGGGCUUCAGCCUCAAGUCUCACCUCAGCAGACACAGGAAGACCAAGUCUGUGCACCACAGACUGCCACUGCAUCCUGACCCUGAGCCGCGUGCGGGGCAACCUUCCGAUUCCUUAUACUCUCUCUGAAGGCAAAGAUGGGGACAAGGACUAACAGUCAGAACGUUGACACUUUGAUGAAAUAGAGAAAUGCAUUCUGUAAGAGGUCAAAGGACGUUUAACUGUUUACUUUCCCCACACUAAGUCUUCUCCAUGUUUUGUGGCCUUCGGUUGUAAUAAACUUGGCUUCUUUAUACAUCUGUAA